AUGCCAAAGAAGGCACAGCUUAUGGAGGUGCUGAAGAAAGAGGUCAGGUCGUUGCUAAUGGCUGCCAAAGAGGGCUUAACCCCAGCAGAGCUGGAGCAGGAGUACAUGGCCAUGAUCGGCCAACCUCUCCCUCUGCGUGACCUGGGCUUCCGAUCCACCUUGGAGCUGGUGGCAGAUAUGCCUGAAGUUGUCACAGUCUGUCCUUACGAGAAAGGCACUUUUAUCCUCAAAGCCGUUGCAGAUGAGACCACCAAAGCAAUUGCCGCACUGGUUGCCAGACAGAGGAGAAGUUCUAGGGCACGGAAGAGUGCUGCUGUGAAGGCAGGUGCUGCUUCUCCCUCUAAGAAUCCACAGACUUUCCCUCGGAGGGGCAGGGCUCCCGUCCUGACACUGACGAUGAAGGCUGAGCUGCAGGAUCUGCUGAGUUCCUCUCCACUUCUGCUCUUGGACUUCGAUAAAGCCUUCUUCAGACGCUUUGGCCGGGUGUUCCAGUACAGGCAAUAUGGAUUUUUCUCCAUGUCUGAAGUCCUCAGAAGCGUGUCUGAUAUCAUUGUCGUUGAGCAGACAAAAGCAGGUUCCUUGCUAACCCUGAAGAAUUACCUGGCAAGUGAGAUAGAGAAGGAAGAGGUGCUGCAAGCAGCACCUGCAGUUGAGAUGCAUCCUUUGGAACCCAGCCGUGAGACGGAGAGCUUCCACCUGACAGCACAAGAGAAGUCAAAGCCAGUGGAAACACAAGCAAUAAAUCUGGGUGAUGGCCUCAAACAACCUGAAGAUUUGGAGCAGUCCCUACUAGACAAGUUGAUAACGACUCCAGAAAUUCCCCCAGAUGCUGUUCAGGACAGAAGCCUUUGCAGUUUACCACCACUGGAGAGAAGGUGCUUGGUGGGAGUCUUUGUGGAAUUUGUCGUCUCUCCUAGCCAGUUCUACAUCCACAUCUGUAGCAGGGAAACAUCUGAUAAACUGCAGGAUAUGAUGCUUGAGAUGAGACACUGUUACUCAAAUAAACUUGUUUCUGAUCGUUAUAUCAUGCCUGAGUCUUCAGUACAGCCUGGACAGCUUUGCUGUGUAGCGGUCUUGAAAUGGUGGUACCGCGUUAUCAUCCACCGUGUGAUCAAUGACCAAGAAGUAGAGGUGUUUUACCCAGAUUACGGAAACCUCGAAAUUGUCCAAAAGUCUUGGCUGAGAUUCCUCAAGUGGUGCUACUUGAAGCUCCCUGCUCAGGCCAUCCCAUGUUCCUUGGCAUGGGCAAAACCUGUGGAGGGUACGUGGUCCAAGGCAGCAACUCUCCUAUUCAAGAAGCUGUGUGGCUCCAAGUUGCUUGUGGGCAUCAUAGAUGAAUAUGUGAAUGGCGUUUUGCAUCUCUUCCUGUGUGACACAUCCACUGAGGAAGACGUCUACUUCCACUGUGUCUUGAGCAAUGGGGGAUGCGCUGACAUCUGCGGGGAGAACAUUCCUUCCCAGGGAUUCAAGGAACUGAAUCCUUCGGCCUUGUAUCUUCAGCCCAGUGGAAAGCAGGAGAACGCUGAACUGCAGUGGCACCUGUCUGCUAAGAAGGAGAUAGGGGAUGAUGUGCGGCCACUUCUGGAUGAAGUGAGUGUCCCAGGAACAACAGACCAAGACCCUGAACUUGCACAGGAGGAUACAAAUGAAACUCCUACAGAGCUUAUGGUGGUGGUGAAG